GUCUCUGCUCCAGACGACGCCGUAGCCACCACUUUCUCUUCCGCUCGCCGCCGCUCCCCUCCGCGCGCCGCCGGUACGACCGCCCCUGCGGCGCCCCACCUCCCCUGUCGCGUCGCGUUCAUCUCUCCUCGCCCGCCUAGGUUAUUCCUCGGUCGAGCGGCCCCACCCCCACGUCGCUCCAUCAACUGCUUCCCUCUCCCAUCUGCUGGUUUCCCGGCAUGCCUUAGCGCCACUCACUGGCCGCCGCCAUCACUGCGGCGUCACGGGUGCAGAUUUGGUUGCAAUCUACCCAUGCUUUCUGAUAUUUGAUCUGAACAGAACUGCCUGAGGAGAACCAGCAGAAAAAUAAAAAGUGAAGUAUCGUCACGUGGUCGUAAGAGAGACAUGAAAGAUACAUUGGCAGAACAGCCUGAGAAGAAGCUUAGUCACAGAAUUCGUCCAAAAAGAGCAAAAGUUUCGGAAGUCAAAACUUUACUGGAAAAACCUGAUCAUGAGAUAGAUCGCAUGAAGCUAAGUGUGAUGCAUCUCAGGUUGUUACAUGACGCCAGAGAGCGUAUUAAGAGUAAGACAAUUCCGUCAGGACCAUCAUCCUCUAAUCAAAGCACCUCCCAGUUUGGAGAUACCAACAGUUUUGAUCAUUUUGAAGAGAACUAUGACAAUGACAGAAGAGAGAACCACGUGCUAGAAAAUGCAACCAAACUGAAUUACCAUUCCUACAUGAACAAACAAGCACGGGCCAAAUGGUCAAAAUCUGACACUGACUUAUUUUACCAGGCUCUUCAACAAUUUGGUAGUGAUUUUGCAAUGAUACAGCAGCUAUUCCCUGAUAAGUCCCGUGAUCAGGUGCGGCAGAAGUUUAAAACCGAGGAGAAAAAACAUCCAAUGCAAGUCCACGAUGCUAUACUUCAUCGCUCAAGAGAUAAUUUGUAUUUAAAACAAGUAAUCAAACAGCUCAACAUUGAAGAUCUGCAGAGGGACAUCAACAGUACACAUAAACAAGAGGUUGCAUCAAUUGAAGGAGACACUGGAAAUGAGCAUGUGUUGCAGGACUUCAUGGAGGAAGAGAAUGAUUCAAAUUGGUCAGAUAAAGAGCUGGGCAUGCGCCAAUCUGAGGUCAGAGAGGGGGAGCAUGUUUCUGGGAAUGCUGAUGAUGACCUGGAUCUGGAUGUUUUUGAUUGGUACUAGGACGAUAAUCAUGAUGAAAAUCAGGCAAAAACGAUACGGGGUCUCGUUAUUCUGCCAAUGUGCUAAGGACAUGUCCUGUCUCAGAUAUGUUUGCUCACGGGAUUACCAAGUUACGGAUGCAAAUAGUACAGUUGUUAGCCCGAAUAGAAGCUUAUUUUGCUUUUGCCUUUACAAUGUACUGAACAGAGUGUCGGGGUAGCAUAGCAACACCAUAUUCGCUCUGUAAUAGCCACAGAAACAGGCUGCCAACCAUAUUUUGCAGUCUGAAGGUGCUAAAUUUGGAAUCUGUUGGUAGCAUAUCAGCCAUCAAAUAUGCAAGGUUUUUGCCAAA